GGGUGAUGCCUUUUACUUGUCACCAUCCACCAAAUCCAAGACGGCCACAGAAAAGCAUCUAAUAGCUCAAGAUGCUUACCUUACCACUUUCUUUCCUUUCUCUACCGGACAAACAUGCAAAUGAAACUAUAGAAUUAUUUCAAAGAAUUGAAGAAGAAUGGCCUCUUCCCUUAUUCUCUCGAAUUCUUUCUCUUCUUUUCCUCGGCGUUUCACCAGUAACCCAACCCAACUUCUACUGGCCACUUCAAUUCCCACCUUCCAAAACCAAACCAAAUACUCAAUUUCUUCAAAGUUCUUGAGACCAAACCCAAAUUCUGUACCCUUCUCCAGUAGGAUAAUUCGGACUCAGACUUCCAUUAGAGAUGCAGAUACAAGUAGCAGCAGCUCCGUCUCGGAAGAGACGGUUGUGGGAGAGGACUCGGCGGCUUUCGAAUUGGGGAAACAGAAGAUGUCAUCUUGGAUAUAUUUCAGUGUUAUUCUGGGAGUUGCUUUAUAUGUGCUUGAUGUUGCUUGGAUUGAUAAUUCUACUGGUUUUGGAAAAUCCUUUAUCCAAUCUGUUUCCACUCUCUCAGAAAGUCAUGAAGCUGUAAUGUUGAUCCUGAUUUUCAUUUUUGCCACUGUUCACAGUGGCUUAGCUAGUCUACGAGAUAAAGGUGAGGAACUUAUUGGAGAACGAGCAUACCGUGUUUUGUUUGCAGGGGUUUCUCUUCCAUUGGCUAUGAGCACUGUCGUAUAUUUCAUUAAUCACAGAUAUGAUGGAGUGCAGUUAUGGCAGCUUCAAAGUGCUCCUGCAGUACAUCAACUUGUGUGGCUCUUUAAUUUUAUCUCUUUCUUUUUUCUCUAUCCUUCAACCUUUAAUCUACUUGAAGUAGCAGCUGUUGAUAAGCCUAAAAUGCAUCUUUGGGAAACUGGGAUAAUGAGAAUCACCAGGCACCCUCAGAUGGUUGGCCAGGUGAUUUGGUGCCUGGCUCAUACAAUUUGGAUUGGGAAUUCCGUAGCUGCUGUUGCAUCCAUUGGUUUAGUUGGACACCAUUUAUUUGGUGUGUGGAAUGGUGACCGGAGACUAGCGAAGCGAUAUGGUGAGGCUUUUGAAGUAGUAAGGAGGCGUACAAGUAUUGUUCCAUUUGCUGCUAUCCUUGAUGGUCGUCAAGAGUUGCCAAAAGAUUAUAUUAAGGAAUUCGUUCGGUUGCCAUAUUUUUCAAUAACUGCAUUGACUUUAGGUGCGUACUUUGCUCACCCACUGAUGCAGGCUGCCAGUUCCCGGCUUCAAUGGUAAGCAUCUUCUUCCAGAAUGAAUCAAAGGUGGUAUGAAACUGCAGCUGUUGUAUAAUAGAAACAUAUAUGAACUCUCCUCAAAAGGAAGAAAAUCCUUGUGCGUGUAUUGAAUGUGAUAAUUGCAUAACAUUAGAGCUAGAACACAUAGUGGAUGCAAAUAACAAAUUAUAUAUGCCUAAGUAGAGAUGCUAUGAGGCAUGUUCUGACUAGGGAAAGCUUAAAAGGUAUUGAAGGAGAUCACAAUUUUACGCGUUGAAA